AAAUAUAAGUUUUACACUUGCAUGGCCAUGCAUUUCUCUUAUCCCUGUGUUUUCAUAAAAAACAAAUUUCAAAGCGUGUCAUGGAAAGUUUUUGAGACCAAAAAAUUGAUGUACUUUCCUGUGUAAAAAAAAGGCAAUCUAAAAAUAUCAUUUGACAUUUUAGUCUGAUACAAACAGAAGUUUGAGUUUGUGAGAAACACAGUGAGAUUAUUGGAGUUCUGUUACUAAUCAUCAUAGUUUUGAUGAUUGCUUUACAGAUGCAUGGAUUGUGAGUGUCCAGAGACAAUAAAGACUGGUUUGCCUUUAUGAAUAAAUAAAAAAUGUCUGUUAUUUUUGUUUAAUAUUGGCUUUCAGAAAACAUAUUAAAAUUGUCAAGAUACAAUCUGCAAUAAUAAUUAUUCCCCCUAAAAAAAAUGUCGAAAGCAAAUUGACAACUAAACAUUAAAGUUGUAAAGGGGUUGGGUUUCAUUCUUCUCCUACAAAAGCUCAUCCUCCAUGCAGACAAAAAGUUCUGCCUCCGCAUGCCUCACAGCUCUACGCUGCUUUGAAGUUUAGAAAUUCCAGGAGUUUCCUGUAACAAGGUCGAGCUCUAAUGUGAACCAGAAGCUGGUUUUCUCUCUGCCUCCUCACUCUUUUGGUUAGUGGAAGUCUCGAUAUGUCUCAUCUGUGGAUCCUUCUGCUCUUGUUGGCACACUGGAUCAACAGCCCGGUGCUUUCUGCAAAAGCAGGCAAGAAAAAACACCAAGGGAAGAAUCAAAGUGACUCUGCAACUCCCAAGGAGGACGUUGGUUCAGAUGGGGCUCGCGAAAGUCCGUCAGAGUCGGACUUCUUGGCUGAUUUUUCUGGGAAACACCGCCUGUGGGUGAUCACCGCGCCGUCGCAUGGUGACAACUAUCUGCGUAUGAUGGAGAAACAGAUUCAGGAGUCUGAGGGACUAAACUGUCGCUUGGCAGAAAGAGACACGCUCGUUGUCACUAUUAUUCAGAAUGCCAUGAUGGAAGGCAAAAUCCAACGCACAACCUUGCACGGAGAAGCCACUGUUGAGGUCAUGGACUCUGAAAUGGUGAGCAAACUUCUCCAUUACCUUGAGGUGGAGUACCAUACAUUCUCUAUGUUGAUUCUGAAGAAGAACAUGAGGGUUAGUGAGAGGUUUCCUUACCCGGUUCGUGUUGAGGCCAUCCUUGAGGUCAUUGAUCAGCUGCCUGUGCGAAAGUUGGAGAAGAUCGCCAGAAAGGGCUCACCAGUUAAAUGCAAGAUCACAAAGAAGAGGUUAGUGAUGAAAAAAACAGGUUCCAGCAAGCGUAGGACCUUCAGCCAACAGAGGCAAAUGAACACCACCUCCAUCCUUACACAGAAGAUACGUCUAGACAAAAAGGAGACAUUGAGAAACAAAGUCCAAGACAUUUUGAGAGGACGCUCGCGAUUCGUCAUCCGUAAAACCACGGGCAGCUCAGGCAACGGCAAACCAUCAACUAAGGCAGGUUCAGAAUCUGGAUCUAAAGGAAAUGAGAGGCUGAAGCAAAACAACCAAAAGAAAACUCCUGAUAGUGACAGAAACAAAGAGCCAGUAACAGAUGUGAAAAAACCUUCUGAAGCAGAUGAAACGCAUGCUGCAAAAUCUAAUUUUGGCACUCUCAAUGAGGAUUUCAAUGGAGAGCAAACCGUUGACCAUUCGACCUCUAAAAAGAAAGGCAAAGGAAAGGAUGGCAAGAAAAAGGGAAAAGGAGGGAGGAAAUCGCAACGGGAAGCAGAUGAUAAGGACAAGGCAGCUCUCAAAGAAUUCAUGCAAAACCUCAAAGGGAGAAGAAGACUUCUUGUGAUUUCAUCCCCAAGUGAUGUCUCAAGUCAGUAUAUCAAACAGAGAGAUGAUAAUGAGCUACGUAGCUGUGAGUUUUCCCAAAGAAAGGUCUCAGUGCUGUCCAUAAUGGGUUCAGAUCACACUCUUACGCUACACAUCCAACACUACCAAGACUCCGAGGCACCACAAGCAUCCUUGCCAGAAAAGUUCAGAAACCCAGAGUUAAUCAGCGAGAUCUGCAGAGAAUAUGGGCUGGACCCCAAAAACUUCUCAAUGGUGUUGACCGACUAUGACCUGAGGCCGAACCUUAACAGGAUUUACAGCAAGCCAACAGCUCCUUCCGAUUUACUGGAUUACAUUGACAGCUUUCCUUCACGUCAAUCUGAGAAGGAAGACGAGCGAAAAGCUCCAUCACGCUGCUCUAAAGACGAAACAAACAAUCAGGAGAACUCACUUCUGAGGUUUAUGUCCAAACGAAGACUUCUAAUCAUCUCGGCACCUACAGUAGAUGACUACUCAUUCCAUCAGCAGCUUCAGGCACUCAAUGGACAGGAGUGUCCAAUGGGUAUCCGUUAUUUUGCCUUGUUGAAGAUUGUGGGUACUGGAUCGACAGCUUCAGGAACAGUGGAGUUUUUUCCAUUGAAUGGAAAAAGUCAACCUGAGAAAGAGACGCUCUCACGGGAUGUGGUGGAAAGUCUCAGAAAUCAGUUAAAGAUAAACAGGGACUACUUCAGCAUGCUGGUGGUGGGUAAGGACGGAGACGUAAAGGCUUGGUUCCCGUCUCCAAUGUGGUCUUUGGGAAGCAUCUACGACCUUGUGGACUCGAUGGAAUUGCGUCAACAGGAACAGAAACUGCAGCAAACACUUGGAAUUCACUGUCCAGAUGAGAAUACUGGGACUUACCAUGGUUACAGAGAAGAUACAGAGGACAGCUAUUUGUACCACAGAUCUGAGGACUAAAAGCCAUUUGUACAAUCGUCAUCCCCAUAUCAGGUGAUGCAAAAGUUAUAAUAAACAGAUCUUGUAUGAAAUUCAUACAUUCAUCAUAAAGUAUGUCCUGUAAAAUUUCACUUCCUGGCAUCUAGUUUCACAUGCUACUAGUAUAGCUCUUGAUAUUAAAGUCUAUUUUAUCUAAGCUGAAGAAAGGUGUUUUUAAUGUCUUUGUGAGUUACUAUUCAAAAGUGUGAGGUUGGUGAGAGUUUUCUUAUGCUCACCAAGACUGCAUUUGAUUAACAAUCGGUUAAUCAUCAAGAAAAUCAUCAAAAAUAUUUUCAUAUUUUAAUAUAUUUCAAAAUGUAAUGUUCAUGUGAUGCUGUGGUAAUACACUAACAUGUACAAAAAAUACUCUCAACAAAGUCAGAGAAAAUAAGCACACAAAAAUAGCGACAUGCUUCUGUGUUCUUAUGAAUUCCAUCAUGCACAGCGGGGAAGCAUAUUCAAGUAUAGAAAGAGCAAUUGUGCAGUAUGGGAUAGGCAA